UUCCCAGCCACCCUCGCUCGCUCGCUCGCUUCAGCUCUCGCUUCGCCCCUCGCCAGAUCUCGCACCCUCAGAUGUGAGUUGCGCGGACCGUUUUUCUCCUCGGCCAAACUCUUGCUCCGGUUUGCUUUUGUCCGACGCGUCCCGCCCUCGUCACCAUUCAGCGAAGGUCGUCGGGUGGGCCGCGGCCGCCAUGGCCGGCAGCGCCGUGGUGACGAGGCGGCGGCUGGCGUGGCCGCCCGAAAUGCUGCCCUCUAGGGAGCGGCCCUCUUCUUGCCCCGACUCGCCCCUGGCGCCCGCCCCGCGGCCCUCGAGGGCCCGCGGCCUCCUCGAGAGGAGGGGCUCCAGCGCCAGCCUCACCAUCGACCUGCACCCUGCCCAGGCUGCUGCCCCUCCUCCUCAAAGCGCACUUUUGGCGUCGGCGUCUUGUCGGUUGAGCCGGGCGCGACUUCGGGGGUGCCUGGGCGACGCCCGGGCGCUGCACGCGCAGUUCUGGGAGAUCCCGUCCAACAUCCCGGAGCGGCCGGGCCUGAGCGGGAGCGGCCCCAAGAACCGGUACCGGUGCGUGCUGCCGAACGAGCACUCGCGCGUGCGGCUGCUGCACGAGCAGGACCCCCUCGCCGCCUACAUCAACGCCAACUACGUGCGCGGCAACGCGGGCGAGGCGCGCGCCUUCGUCGCCACGCAGGGCCCGCUGCCGCACACCCUGCACGACUUCUGGACCAUGGUGCUGCAAGAGGCCGCCGCCGCCCUCGUCAUGAUCACCAAGCUGCGGGAAAAGGGCCGCCCCAAGUGCGAGCGGUACCUCCCCGACCACCACCAGCCCCGCAUCGACGUUGGUGACAUUCAGGUGCGGUGGCUGGGGUGUGAGCACCAACGGGGCUUCCUGGUGACGCAGCUGGAGGUGCGUCGCGGCGCGCAGCGUCUGCGUCUGCCGCACUUCUGGUUCACCGACUGGCCCGACCACAAGGCGCCCGAGGACGCGGCGCCGCUGGUGGCCAUGGCCGAGCACGUGGAGGAGGUGCGCAUGCGCGGCCGCGGCCCCGUCGUCGUCCACUGCAGCGCCGGCAUCGGCCGCACCGGCUGCUUCAUCGCCGUCGCCCUCGGCAUGCAGCAACUCCGCGUCGAGCACUCGGUCGACGUCCUUGCCAUUGUCUGCUCCAUGCGCCAGGACAGAGGCGGCAUGGUGCAGACGGGAGAACAGUACGAAUUCAUCCACCGGGCGCUGGCGCUGUUUGAGCGUUCGCUGCCCCCGGAGGACGCUUAGAAAACACCAACCAAUUAAUCAACACACACACACACACAGUACGUCAAUUACUCAAGGCCCCACAGUGCCUGGAUCUCAGCAGCCCGUGUUGUCUCUUUUUAUUUUUCUACCUCCUUUGUUUUGUACUUAGGCCAAACUAACUGAUAAGUGUAUAAAAUAUGUGCAGAGUAAAAACGCCUCCCCUGUGUAGAAAAACCAAA